CGUGAGGUGAGCGGAGCCAGAGACGCGACCAGAGGCCGAACUCGGGAUCUGACAAGAUGGCCGGGCUGCCCCGCAGGAUCAUCAAGGAAACCCAGCGUUUGCUGGUAGAACCGGUUCCUGGGAUUAAAGCCGAACCAGACGAGAGCAACGCCCGUUAUUUUCACGUGGUCAUUGCUGGCCCCCAGGAUUCCCCCUUUGAAGGAGGGACUUUUAAACUUGAACUAUUUCUGCCAGAAGAAUACCCAAUGGCAGCACCUAAAGUACGUUUCAUGACCAAAAUUUAUCAUCCUAAUGUAGACAAGUUGGGAAGAAUAUGUUUAGAUAUUUUGAAAGAUAAGUGGUCACCAGCACUGCAGAUCCGCACAGUUCUGCUAUCGAUCCAGGCUUUGUUAAGUGCUCCUAAUCCAGAUGACCCAUUAGCAAAUGAUGUAGCGGAGCAGUGGAAGACCAAUGAAGCCCAAGCCAUAGAAACAGCUAGAGCAUGGACUAGGCUAUAUGCCAUGAAUAAUAUUUAAGUCGAUCCGAUCAUCAAGUUUGUGUCACUUCUCCUGUUCUGCCAAGACUUCUUCCUUUUUUGUUUGCAUUUAAUGGACACAGUCUUAGAACAUUACAGAAUAAAAACCCAGACAUUUUCAGUCCUUUGGUGAUUAAAUGCACAUUAGCAAA